GUUAAUUCCAAUGACAUAAGGAAAUAUAAAAAAUAUCGAAUAAGGAUACCGCAUAAAUCAUCGAACGUUAGUGGAAAACCAUUUUCCUAAAGCAAGUGUGUUCACUUGACUUAUGAACGUUUCGCUUAUUGUUGAAGACUGGAAACUAAAACAAUAGGUUUUGUUCAGUUUGAAAACUAACAUACUGUGGGAUUAUACUUUAAAUGUUUCCCACAAAGUGUUGGUGAAUAUUAAAUGCGAUUGUCGUUGAAGGAAAUUAAGAUACAAGCCAUGUGGAUAACAGUUGUCUUCGUGUUAACCAUAUGUAUUCAGAUUCCUUCUACUUCUACAUUAAGUGAUAAAGAUGAUUUCGACUAUAAUGGCUUUAAUGACUACGGCAAUUGCCAUGAUCAUUGUGCUGCAUGCAAUGAUAGCACCUGUACAUUAUGCAAAGAAGGGUGGCAUGGCGUGGCAGAGGAAGUGAGCGGUGAGGUAGCAUUUAUAUGUGACCAACCCUGCCCAACACCAUGUAAGUCUGGUCACUGUGAUGGGAAAACAGGAUACUGCAAAGACGGCUGUAAACAUGGGUACUAUGGUAAGAGAUGUGAAGGCAACUGCAAACAGAUAUGCGUUUAUGGAGAAUGUGAUUCAUUUGGUAAUUGCACGAUUGGCUGUGAAGCUGGUACAUUUGGGCCAAGAUGUGAUGCAACUUGUCCGCAAAGAUGUAAGGACGCAUUAUGCGAUGUCUUAAAUGGUUCGUGUUCCAAAGGCUGUGCUGGUAACUUGUAUGGGUCUCAUUGCAAUAUGACGUGCCCAAACAAUUGCAACACAAUUGCGGUCGGGCCUUCUUGUCAGGCCGAAAGCGGAAUGUGUUUGGCGGGGUGUCUCAAUGGAUUCUAUGGCCAAAGAUGUUCCGAUAUGUGCCAACACUGUGUGAACAACACAUGUCAAAAAGAUAACGGGGUCUGCGUUCACGGAUGCAUACUGGGAUAUAGACUCGACGUUGCUGCCCGAAAAUGCGUAUACGACAUCAACGAGUGUGCCACAAUCCCAUGCAAGAACGGUGCCAGGUGCAUUGACGGAAUCAACGCGUACUCGUGCAAGUGUGUAGCGGGAUGGACUGGCACCAACUGUGAUCAAAACAUCAACGAGUGUGCCACAAUCCCAUGCAAGAACGGUGCCACGUGCAUUGACAGAAUGAACGCGUACUCGUGCAAGUGUGUAGCGGGAUGGACUGGCACCAACUGUAGUCAAAACAUCAACGAGUGUGCCACAAUCCCAUGCAAGAACGGUGCCACGUGCAUUGACGGAAUGAACGCGUACUCGUGCAAGUGUGUAGCGGGAUGGACUGGCACCAACUGUGAUCAAAAUAAAGAUGUCAACGGCUAUAAUGACAACGGCAAUUGCCACGAUCAUUGUGCUGCAUGCAAUGGUAGCACCUGUAAAUUAUGCAAAGAAGGGUGGUAUGGCGAAGCAGAGGAAGUGAGCGGUGAGGUAGCAUUUAUAUGUGACCAACCCUGUCCAACACCAUGUAAGUCUGGCUACUGUGAUGGGAAAACAGGAUACUGCAAAGACGGCUGUAAACAUGGGCACUAUGGAAAGAGAUGCGAAGACAACUGCAAACAGAUAUGCGUUUCUGGAGAAUGUGAUUUAUUUGGUAAUUGCACGAUUGGCUGUUUAGCUGGUACAUUUGGGCCCAGAUGUGUUUCAAGCUGUCCGCCAAGAUGUAAGGACAAAUUAUGCGAUGUCUUAAAUGGUUCGUGUUACAAAGGCUGCGCUGGUAACUUUUAUGGGUCUCAUUGCAAUAUGACGUGUCCACAUACUUGCAACACCGUUGCGGUCGGGUCUACGUGUCACACCGAGAGCGGAAUGUGUUUUUCGGGGUGUCUGAAUGGAUUCUAUGGCCAAAAAUGUUCCGCUGUGUGCCAACACUGUGUGAACAACACAUGUCAAAAGGAUGACGGGGUCUGCGUUCAUGGAUGCAUAAUUGGAUAUAAACUCGACGUUGCUACCCAAAAAUGCGUAUACGGUUCACACGACAACGAUGGCGACCCAAUGACACAAACACCGGAAAGCAUUUCCAAACCAUUAACUGUAGUUGCAAUUGCUGUCGGUGCAAUUGCUGUCGGUUGUGUUGUUAUAGUGGUGGUUGUCAUAAGAGUGAUCGUCCAUCGAAAAAGAAGAAGAACCGAGUCGAGAAGUAUUGAGACGCCCAUGAAAGAAAUGGACAAUGCUAUCUACGAGACGUGUGAGGAACCAUCUGACCGCAUUACCACCGUUAAUUGUAACGAGGAAGUGGAUAUUGGACGAGUCGACAAUCGCGUGUAUAAAUAUGACGGGAAUUCUGAUUUUCAAGACCCUGUCCCAAAGGCGAAAACAUAUAAAAGAAGUACUGAUUGGAGAGGCCAAGGCAAACAUAAUGCAUCACAAUUAGAAACACUUGCCGCGGAUCAACCAGGCUUCAUCUCACCAAAUGCGGAGGUGUUCCGUGGCGAUGACGGUUACGAAGUACAUUUCCCAUCGACCUCUGGCAGAAAUGCCGUGGAUGAGAACGACGCGAACAUUUACUCAGAGCCGGACGAGCGCUGCUUCGGACCAAAAGAUUAUAUUGAGUGAAUUUCGACGACCAGGCACAAAUUUGAUUAACCCAUUUAUGCCAAGUGGACUCUCCCAUCCUUCUAAAUUGGUUCAAUUUAUUUCCAAAAUUAGGGAUGUCUAGUAUAUUUAUUUCUAUAUUUAUAAUAUUUAUUACAGAAAUUCCUUUAAGUAAAGAGCGCAGACACUGAUGAGACGCCGCAUCAUGCGGCGUCUCAUGUGGGUCUUCGCUGUUUGCCAAGGCCUUUUUCUAGACGCUAUGUAUAAAUGGGUUAAGAUUGUUGAUUCCGGAGACAAUAUUUAAUACACUAAAUAAUAAACUGUGUACGAUAUUUAAAUAACUGUGGUGUCAGUUGACAAACAAAGUGAUAAACAUGUUCGGCUAUUAUUUUAAUAGUUAAAUGUCAUACAUAUAGCUUUGUUUCGUAAAUAGAAAUUUAAUUAUUGAACGUCAUGGUUUUAUUUAUUUUGAUUAGGUUAAGUGUCAUGCACAAAAGCCAUAAACAUUCACUUUCUUAAAUAAGAGCUAUUUACCUUGUUGUUAUGUAUGAUGUAUCUAGUUGGCUCUAUCUAUGAUACUAUAAGAUUUGAACAACCAUGCACAAGAAUCAUAACCCUACACUU